UUCAUAAAAACAUACGCAGUGUUGGUUCAACGUAGCACAUUUUGUAUAUUAUUAUAUGGUGGUAAAAAGAGGAAAUAUCGUGUUUCUAUUUAUCAUCAUUUAAUGUAGAGUUUUUUUUCUCUCAUAUAAUAUCGAAGUGCUACGUGUGUUUUCCAGUGUUGUCUUGGCUUUCUGAGAAUAAACAGUUCAUGUAAGUUUCAAAAUGACUUCUUCAGUAUGUCAGCAGGGUAGAAAAUCAUGUCCAAGUACGCUGAACGAACUAGUGGCAACUUUAAUAGAGAUAUUUUCAUCAGAAAGAGUAAAUAUCGAAGAAGUUCAGACAGUGAUGGAGAACUACAGGAGUAAUGAGUUGGAUUGGAAGAGAUACGCACACUUCGACCCGCAUAGGUAUACAAGAAACUUGGUGGACGAGGGGAAUGGACGCUUUAAUCUAAUCGUGUUGUGUUGGGGUGAAGGAAUGGGCAGUUCCAUUCACAGCCAUUCAGAUUCACACUGUUUUAUGAAGAUACUGGAUGGCAGCCUCAGAGAAUCAUUAUUCCAGUGGCCAUCAGCUUCCGAGAAAAGGUCUCAAAUGACAUGUGUUGGCUCUACAGACUAUUCCAGAGACCAGGUAGCUUAUAUCAAUGAUAGCAAAGGUCUUCAUAGGAUUGAGAACAUUAGCCAUUGUGAGCAAGCGGUCAGCCUGCAUUUGUACUCUCCACCUUUUGAUGCGUGUCAGUGCUUCGAUGAAAGGACCAGCCGUGCUAGAAUAUGUAAAACAACGUUUUGGAGUAAAUAUGGAGAGAGAACCCCAUUUACUGUUGAAGCUGAAAAUAACUAGAACAGACUUGAAGAGGGAAGAGCCAAUAAUAGUAACAUCACAGUCUAGAUGGAUGGUUUACCAAGAACAUGUUGUCCAGAAAAUGUCCACAAAAUAUAAUAUAAUGUAAAUAAUAUCAGAGUGUAAAAAGUAAUAAUGAAACAUAUUUGCCAUGUUUUAGGUUCUAUGGGAAAAAAGUUGCCUAUUGCAAAUAUUGUUAAAAUAACAAUUCUUUUUUUUUUUCAAUAUUUUUUUGGAAUGGCUGUCAAUUGCAUGUAGAAAAACAACAAGUAAAAGUUAUUGUUCUCAGUUUAUUGUAUUUUUUGGAAUUUUUCCUUCAGUUUAUGAGAAUUUCAUUCCAAAUUUGUUCAUUCAAUUUUUCUCAAUCAUUUUUCAUUUUAUUAUUUGUUCCAAUUUAUUCUGCCUUUUUAAACAAUAUCUGUAUUCCCACUCCUAAUAAUAUCUAAAAAUUUAUAUUUCAAACAACAUUUUUGCAGCUGAUUAAUUAGUAGAGAGUGGUUGAUGAUUGCCCCCAGGGGUUACUUGAACCUUUGUGAAUUUUUGGCUCAUUUAUAAUCAACAUUUAUUUGGCGUAUAUGAAAAGGCCUUUGCAUUAUAUAUAUUUUUUUGAAUAACUGAAUGUGGAAAUCAAACUAAAAUUUCAUUUAAAUAUAUUGAAAUUUAAAAAAAUAAGAAAAUGAAUAAAAAAUAAUGAUAAAGAAGUUAAUUUGUGAUGUUUCUUGUCACCAAGGUUCUGUGUUUGAUCCUUGCCAAAGGUUGUCCUAUGAUUUCCUAAUAAAAAAUAACAAGCAUGGUGUUAAAGCUCUGAGAAUUUUAAGUGAAAUGUUUUUAUGGGUGAACAGUUGCUGAUAUUCAGAUACAUAUUUAUUAAUAGAAUAAUAUGGGUAGAUAAAUUGUGAUUUGGUCUCUGUUUAUAGUGUUAUAAAAGUCAAUAUUUGGUCAUGCAGUAUCAUGAAAAAAGUAGAGUAUAUCUCCAUCGUCAUUUAUCUAUAAUCAAAGCUUCCCUUCCUUGAUAUGAUGAUAAUGGAUGGAUCAAUAAGACACCUGAUUUGUCAAUCAUUAUUAUGGAAAGUAGACAAAUUUCUCAGUUCCAUUUAAAUCACAUGCCAGUACUUUUCCAUGCACAAUAAUUGCCUUCAGUGCUUCACAGUUAACGAGUAAAAAGGUUCAGCAUAUUUUGUUACUGGUGGCGCUAUACCGAAAUAAUCAAGUGAAAGUCUGCGGUAACUCUUUAUCUCUGUCUACGAUGAUGAAGCCGAUUUCUGUAUACAUUUUGAUUGAGAGGAGAGCAAGUUGUUUGUCUCUUUCCUACUUUGUCUUCCCUCUGUUUAAAGCACAAUUGAAUGAAAGUUAAUAAUACAGUAUUUGAAAUGGUUUUGCUACCUACUUGGGGUAGCUAGAUACUUAUGAGGUAAAUUAUAAUGCAUUAUUAUAUUAUGUAAAAAGUCCAUGGCAGAGCACUUGGGUUUUAAAAAUUGCAGUUGUUUGUUUACUCAUCGGUGUUAUAUAGUACGAAGCAUAUUACUAUCCCUGUUUGUUUUCUAAAGCUCCAUAUAAGGAGCACAGUAAUGGCAUUUCUAUUCCUCGUACCUAGAUUCUAAGCAUCUGAUUGGCUAAGAAGCGGGCAAUAGAAAGUACUGUUCCCCUGAAAAAUAGUACUUUUUUGACCUAUCGCGUGGUUGAAACUCUAGGCCCUACCAUCGUGCUGACGGUAGAGGGGACUGCGACCUCUACGAUGAAAGAGAUUGCCCCUUGACAACGCCACAGAUCAGCAAGUAGACGAUAAACAAUAAUUAUGGAAGCUGUCGGUUUGAGCUCCUGGAUGAAGGAGGACUAGCCUAGGCCUAUACCUCUUGACGAAGCCGAUAGCAAAAGAACCAAAAGACAAAUUAAAUAUGUCUUGUCAAUAGUCAACAAAUAUUGUAAGAUGAUGGGUUGAAAUUGAGGAAAUGAGCAAAGAAGAACUAGACAAACUCUUUGAUCUUAGUAGGCCUCUAGACUAGGCUAAGAAGUGAGUACUUUUUUAGGCCUUGUAGAAUCUAUGUAUGAGGUAUAUAAAACAAAUAUUGACUGCCCUAGAUUUGGGGAACGGUGAAAUCUAUUGCGCCUCGGUGAUGUGGUGAUUUCACCAUUCUCGUCAUGAGCAGUCAAUAUUUGUAUAAUAUUUGGCGUAACAAUGUCAAAUCAUCUCAACAUUAUGGGCAAUUCACAUUUGUCACAUAAAAUUUGAUAGUGUAUAGAGUGAUAUUUUAUGGUAUAAUGUGUUGGUUGGUUUGUUUAGUACACCUCCUCUGUUAUAUUGUUCUACAGUAUUUCAUGAUUAAAUAAAAACGAAAUGUAAAAAUCAAUUAGAUUAAAACAAAUAUGUUAUGUUAUUGAAAAUUCAUUGGUAGUUGUUGGGGGAGUUUAUGUGAAAUAUGAAUAUUUAAAAGAAGUCAUUAUGAAGUGUGUUUAAUAAUAUCACAAUUUGAUGUUUAAAUUGAUCAUAUUAUUAUAUUGUAGUCACAUAUGUCAGGUAAUUACUGCAAAUUUGUAUGAGUUUGUCAUGUCAUACUUACAUUCUCUAUUGGUUUCGGAAUUAUUAUGUAUUUAUAUAAUGUGUUAUUGCAUGUAAUAAUGUUUAAUCAAAAAAUAGUGCAAGAACUUUCAUCAGCAGGGUAGUUUCUUACAGCUGGCUGCAUUUACAAUUAAAAUUGCUUUUGGCAAAUACACGAGGCUUACUGUACUGUAAAAUUAAAAAAUUAAGAGGUCCAAAUUCUUAAGACAUGUUGCUAAAAGAUAUAUGGCAUACAAUGAUCUUGAAAAUUUUUUCCCAACUGAAUUCAGUUUCUGUUGCUUACAUUAUAUUUAAGUAUCGUUAUUAGCGUACAAUUAAUAUAACAAAAUAUUUCAUUUGCCAAUUUGAAUAUCAAUUAAAGUUCCUACAGUAUGCAAAAAGUCCUUAAA